AAGAUAAAUAAUAUUUCAUUGAAAUAUUUUUUUCAAUAACGCAAAAUUGCACAAUAAAUGGAAUACCAAAAUUUUAAAUAAAGACAGGAUUUGAACCUCCACUUGAACACUUCAUUCUGGUCCUCUUUCAACCUAUCAAGAGGAUGAGCUACUCCAGGACAAGAAAUGCAUCUUCUGUAAGCUCCCUUUUGUGUCCCAUCCAUAAGGUGACUGUACUUCUUAACUUGUAACUUGAGCUAUUACAACUAUUACUAUCUCUCCUUUUCACUCUCAAAAAUAGCCUGAUCAGAAUGGUAAACUAUAUAGUAAGCCUACCAGUGUAAGGUUUAGCAUUAAUGACUUUGCGUGUAUGUUAUAGGAUAGCUGAUCGAUUAACUAAAUUUGUUUCUGCAAUACUCACUCUGAUUCACACAUGCUUAAUCAAUUUUUCUGAUGCUAAUUUGCAACUUUUUUCCCAGUUAUACCCUCUGAGAAUUAACCAUGGAAAAUAUCAAUAACGUCACAGAAUUUAUUCUCUUGGGACUUUCCCAGAAAAAGACAAUUAAAACUUCCUGCUUUCUAUUAUUCUUACUUUGUUACAUAGCUAUUUGGAUGGGAAACUUGCUCAUAAUCAUUUUCAUUACGUACAGUCAGCUAAUAGGCCAACCCAUGUAUUUCUUUCUUAAAUACCUUGCUCUCGCAGACCUGUGUUAUACCUCAACAGUGACACCCAAGCUUCUCACUGAUUUACUGGAAGAAACAAACACGAUUUCUUACGCUAGCUGCAUGGCACAGCUUUUUGCUAUGCACUUCUGUUCGGGGAUAGGAAUUUUCAUCCUCACAGUGAUGGCCUAUGACCGCUACGUGGCCAUCUGCAAGCCCCUGCACUACACGGUCAUCAUGAGCAGGAGGAGGUGUUAUGUAUUGGUCUUUGCUUGCUGUACUGGGGCAUUUCUGCAUUCCCUUGUGCAGUGUCUCCUCACUAUCAACUUACCUUUCUGUGGCCCCAAUGAGAUAGAUCACUAUUUCUGUGAUGCGUAUUCUUUGCUAAAACUGGCCUGCACAGACACGUACAUAUUCGGGAUCCUGGUUGUUGCCAAUUCAGGCAUGAUGGGUUUGGUGAAUUUUGUUGUCUUGAUGCUGUCUUACUUCUUGAUAUUAUACACUGUCAGGGUUCACCCUGCCAAAAGCCGCAACAAAGCUCUUUCUACUUGCAGUUCCCACAUAACAGUUGUGGUUCUUUUCUUUGCGCCUAUCCUGUACAUUUACAUUAGACCACCUGUAACUUUUCCAGAAGAUAAAGUGUUUGCUCUUUUCUACACCAUCAUUGCCCCCAUGUUCAACCCUCUGAUCUACACUUUGAGAAACAUGGAGAUGAAGACUGCGAUGAGGAAAGUUGGUAUGAGAAUCCAUUUUUGGUUGGAAGGCAUAUGA